AUGCUGUCUACAAUGGGAGUCAAGAGCCCAUCUUACAAGCCUCUCAUGUCGGCCGACAGUCGUGACUCUGAGUCUGUUGAAGACUUUGGCGACUGCCACGCCGGCGAGAAGAGUAUUGCGCAGCGCUUCCGCUGGAUAGAAUGGAACCAAAGAGCUCCAUCACGGAUUACUGGUUUACUUCAGAGCUCCCUCAUUCCUCUAACUCCUGCACUUGAGGCCGUUGAAUAUGUCCAAAUGGAUUUCAAUGACGCCUUUAACUCAACAAGCAUUUACCGUGGGCUUCCAACUCCAGAGAGAGAGCAAGCCUGGUUUGACCUCACGUAUAAGCAUGCGGUCGAAAUCCCGCCUGAAAGGCUUGCAGGUCUCAAUCGAUCUGAAGAAGAUCACCUGAAGCAUGUUCCUGAAGAUGUAGGCGACGGUUAUGUCGCACUGCUUGAGGUCUUCCAUCAACUCCAUUGCCUGAACAUGAUACGAGUGUAUACCUGGUGGCAGGUGGGCAAGUAUGACAAGAUCCCAGUUGGGCUGUCGAACGACCCCCUAAAGAACCGCAUUCAUGUCGAUCACUGCCUGGAAGCCCUGCGCAUCUCACUCAUGUGCUUCGCCGACGUCACCCCCCUCAUGGUUCGCAUAGGCGGACCGGCGGGUGCGCGUGCGGACUUCAACACGCACCACAAGUGUCGCAAUUUUGAUAAGAUUUCAGACUGGAUUGAUGAAAACUGGACCGUUAGAUAA